GUCACUGUAGCAGGACAAGAGGAGAGGAGAGGAGAGGACAGGAGCAGAGAGGAGAGCGGUCAGUCAUGCAGUCCUGCAGUUCUGCUCUCUGUAUCCUGAUCCUACUGAUCUCUACAUUCACUACUGAGAUAUUGUCAGCUGUUGCUCCAGUGAAGGUGAAUCUUCAUGACUCUGCUACUCUGCCCUGCUCUGAGAGAUGCUCUGGUUUGGUCAGAUGGUCUGUGUUCCAUAAACCCACUGAUGUCCUGGCUGAGUGUGAUCAGACUUCAUGUAGAUCAAAGGAGGGAUAUCAGAUGAUCCAUGAUCAGUACCUGAAGGGGAAUCUCUCUCUCACCAUCACUGAUGCUGAUUUCAGUAAGAGAGACUGGUACACGUGUCAGUGUGAUGAUAAAGACAUCUGUGAUGUGCGUCUUCAGAUUGAGCCACUGAGUACUUCAGUUCGGAUAAAGGCUGGCGAAUCUCUGGUCCUGGAUUUGGACAUUCCAGAGGAAGUGGAGGUGUAUUAUAAAAGUACAGGUGCAGCUGGACCAUCCAGUGGUCAGAUCUGUACAGUGGAUGGACGGUCACUACAGUGUAAACCGGAAUAUAAACAAAGAGCAUCCACUCUUCUUCAGCUGAGAGCAGUGACUCCAUCUGAUAGUGGAGUUUAUACAGUAAUGGACAAAAGGAAUGAGAAGGUCAUUCACAUCUACACAGUGACCGUGGAGUCAGCAGGUGGAGAUGACCAUCCAGAUCUGGACACAGAUAAAGGAGCUGCUGUGUAA